CCCAACUUGUCUUCCACUACCGACACCUACCUGGCUGUUGACCUUAUGUUGAUAGCUUGUUAGGUCCAUCAACGUCCACAGCCAUGGCAUCCCUCCUACCAGUCAUGCGGACACGAGUCCCGCGUGUUGCUACAUAUGCUUUACGAUCUCCUUGCCGAAGUCUCUCAACCACAAACCGACAACUGCGACAAGGUCCUGGGACGGGAGAGAAUUUCGAGCAAGCAAACGAUCCCCAGGGCCGAAAGCUGACCCCGAAUGUCUCAAAGACGAAUGAGACCCCGACGGAUGCCAUGGGAGCUCGAGAUAAGCCGCUGCAGGAGGCAGUGGCCGCAGCAGAAAAGUCCCGCCAAUUACAGAGCCCAAAUAGAGCAACUACGUGGUCAAGAAGUCAACAACCAAGAGAAAUGGCAAUGACUGGCCCGAGAUUUGAACAAACCAUCAUCGAAGAGCAGCCUGCGCCAUUCGCAGCGAUUGAACUCAUCCACAAACAACCUGUGCGGUGGGUGGACGGAAAGAGCGUCGCAUGUGAUGGCGGUGGAGGACCUCUUGGACAUCCCAGAAUCUACAUCAACGUGGACAAGCCUCAGAUUUGCUGGUGCACAUAUUGCGGUCUGCCAUAUGCAUCAAAAUCACACAAGAAGCAUCUUGAAUCAUUACCAUCCACUACAUAUCCUCUCGCACCAACAAAUGACCCUGCGCAGGUCCGCUUGCCCACUUCUCCUAGUAUGAAGGGAGAGAUCCAAGGAGACUUCCCUCAAUUGGCGGGAGAGCAGGAAGGGGAGAGUGUCAACAGCCAACCACUUCAGCAAAGAUGAGGGAUGUGGUUGGAAUAGGCGGAGAUGUACAUAUUGAGACUUUUCCAGGUGUUUAAACCAUCACCUUGCAGGAGUUAGGUACUACCGAAUGGCUUACUCGACCUCCGGAAUGGUGCGAUGAUGGUGAGAGUAUAUACAUGCAUUUUAAGGGGAACGAAACGAGCCUCGAUCGUGCUCUGCCUAACUCGAUCUUGUUCGACUCUAUUGGGCGGUAACAUGCUGUAGAUUGUUGAUACAGAUAAUCCCCUGCUUGCCAAGACCGAACAAAUGAGGCCAACAUGACGUAGAACAGAAAGGGCCAGAAUCUCAAUCGAUGUCAACUCAUAGUUUACCACAGCAACUGUUGUCUU